UCACACAAAUCUUUUAUUGUACACUUCCUACUGCAGCGAAGAAUAAAGGAAUGUCAUGGAUUCCAAUCUUUAACUGUAGUGAAGAUUAUUUUAAUCUUAAGCAGGAUUACUCACUAAUUAAAAACAAUUUGUGGACUGUCCCGACUCCACCAGCUUUAGCCAAUCCCAAUUCCUACCAGUAACUAGUCUGCUCCAGAGUCUCUACACUCUAGAGAGAGAGUCUCUCUCUCUAUAUGAAUCGUGGUCGCCACUCUACGCGUGCCUGAGAAACAGAUCAUUUGCAUCAGAAAUACAAAGCCAAAUCUAUUCCAUCUGCCUGUCUCUCUCCUCUUUUCUUGAUUCUUCAUCCAGGGACACAAAUCACCAAUCUCUCAUAUCGAGUUCUUUAAUGGGUUCAUUGAUUUGAGAAAGUUGAAAUUUUUUCCUUCGCUUUCUGCUGCUUUCUGGUUCUCUAUCCAAGAAACGCCCAAGACUCGGUUUGCCUUCGAACUUUCUUGCCUUUUUCUUGGACUCUGGUUUUCCUCUCAAAAUCUGUUUCUGUUUGGUCAAAAUAAAUUGACCCCUUUUUGUCCUCUUUUCUGUUUUUUUUGAUCCGCUCCUCUUUUCUGUUUCUCUUUAGCUUUUCGCCACUUCACGGCUUCUCUUAGCUCUUACAUCCAUCGAAAGGCCAUUUUCCGAUCUCCAGAAAUUCCAAUACCUUUCACCCCAUUGACUCUGGAAAGAAAACCUUCUUCGCAACAAAGAACCAAAACUUUGAUCUCAACGUCGGUCAGUUCAGGCGAUUUUGUUGUGAAAAAAAUGGUAAAGACUCAUUUCAGAUCUCCAAAUUCUCUAACCCCUUUCACCUCAUAAACUCCAAAAAAAUCUCAUGUCAUAGAAACCCAGUUCACCAACUCAUCGAAAACGCAAAAACUUCGAACUCAUUUCCAGUCAUUUCUGACAAACCCAAAUCACCCCAUCAUCUAAGACCAGAACUUUGACCUCAAAUCCAUUCAUUUCUUCAAACCCCUGAAAUUUCAAGCCAUUUCGGUGCGAAAAAUGCAAGACCCAUCAACGUACACCCAGAUCCAGCCCCAGUUCCCAGAGCACGAGCAGCUGAAAUGCCCGCGCUGCGACUCAACCAACACCAAGUUCUGCUACUACAACAACUACAACCUCUCCCAGCCCCGCCACUUCUGCAAGAACUGCCGGCGGUACUGGACCAAGGGUGGCGCCCUCAGAAACAUCCCGGUCGGCGGCGGCACGAGAAAGAACUCCAAGCGUAGCUCAAACCCAAAACCCAAAACGACGCCGUCUUCUUCUUCUUCCUCGGUACCCAAGAUAGAGCAAUCAAGUGUGUUCAAUUCGCCAGCGGUGGAUCAGGACCGCCGGAUGCUAGAUGUCGGUGGGAGUUUUAGUUCCCUUUUAAAUGGUCAGUUCGGUAAUUUUCUCGAGGGUUUGGAUCCACAUGGGUCGCUGGGUCAGUUGGGUGAGUUUGGGGGAGACCCGAAUUUGAAUUUGAAUUCGAAUUCGGAGUCAGGCCAUCAUGAGAUGCUGAGGGAUCCACAGGUGGAGUUGCAGAGUGGUAAUAGUAAUUCAGGGGGUUAUUUGGGUGAUUCUAGCAAUUGGGGCGGCGGCGGCAAUGGGUGGCCUGAUCUUUCUAUUUACACACCAGGUUCGAACUUUCAGUAAUUAAAAGUUACAACUUCUUAGAGAGAGAGAGAGAGAGAGAGAGAGAGAGAGAGAGAGAGAGAGUUUGUUUUGGUUUAAUUUUGUUGCUAAAUGGUAAUGAUGGGGUGUGAUUAUUGGAACUCUAAUUUGGUCUUUACGUAAACUAAAAAUAUAUGUUGGUGAGGAGGGAAAGAAACAAGCUUUAACUUUAGCAAUGGUUCUUUGGUUAGAUCUUUGUGUGGUGCUUGUUUAAUUUGUAUGGGUUUUUUAAAGAGCAAAGAAAGAAAGCUUAUGAUGGAUUGUUUUUGUUUGGUUUUGAGUUAGAGAUGUGAUGUUAUCUCUACUGACUCUGACAAUUUGGUAAAUAUAAGCCUUUUUUUAUUGUA